AUGUCCACUCCGAGGUCUCACGCAAAUCCCAAUCCCAAUCCUCGUCUAUCAGACAUCUUUGGCCAAGGCCACAGCGCCUACUUCUCAAACGGACCCGUCACCCGCCUGUCUUCCAUCCGGCUGAACAAGCAGCUCUUGGACAAGGCCUCAACGCACCCCUCGGCCCGGUAUCUCACCUUUGAGGAGCUCAACCCCCUGCGCGACCCGCAAGGGAAGCUCGCGUUCGUGAGCUAUGACGACGUGGCCAACGGGAUGGGCCGGCCCUACGCGCACGACGAAAAGGCUCAGAUCGCGGCGUUCGAUCCGGACGAACACCACCCGAACGUCAUCUUCUUGGGGAUGUGUCUAGAAGCCGGGGGUAAUUGUCGGCGAGAAGGUCCAACUGGGCGAGUACACCGGCGUGCCGUACUUUGCGCUGGACGUGACGUCGUCGGAGCAUUACGCCGGGUUCAAGCAGCGGUUGCUGCAGCGAUCCACGACACACACGCCCCGACCCGCAUCGACCUGACGCUCGACCACGCCCGAGCCGCAAUCUACAGCCACGCCCGCGCUCUGCUCGACUGGAACACCCGCAACCGGUACUGUAGUAGCUGCGGCGGCCGCACGCUGUCCACGCUCGGCGGCGCCAAAGUCGUCUGUCCCCCAGCCGACUGCGGCGUUGGCCGUACCCUUCCACCAUGCUGA